CUCGUCGUUACGUUCUUCAAUUGCAUGGCAUCAAUCGCACCAGAUUUUUAAUCAUUUUAAUGUCAAAAAUCCGGUGACGUCUCGCGUCGUCUCAAAUUUGCACUCAACGUUCCUAAAGUAUUUAUCCGGCACUCGCCUCGGAUUCUUUUUGUACAGCAAGCGCGACCGCGAUUGAUUCGCAACCCGCACGUUGCCCGAGAACGAAGCGGAAGGCACGACACCACUGAAUCAGAGGAAGCGACGAUGCAUCGCUUUGCAGAAGGAACCCCGUGUCCGCCGACGACGGCAGGUGCGAUGGACUACCGGCAUGCCGCUGGCGCAUAUUACCCGGCGUAUUAUCAGCAUCACUACCAUCAGUUUGUCCCGCCUGCAUUCCCAGCAUCGUAUCAACAAGCCCACAUUCCCAAUCCUUACAGCGCAGCGUACAGCGCUGCUCCGUCCGCGUUGCGGCCACCGCCUCACUCGUCUUCCAUCUUCGCGCACACCAUCUUCGAGGACGACGACACAGAAAAUAUCCAGUACACUACCGAGCUGAAUCAGCACAUCCGCAAGGCCAAACCAAGAAAGCGGGUGAGUCUCAUGCCCAGCAAAAGUGACAGCGGGAAGAGCAUCGCAAUUCACGAGGAUGCCACGAGAACGCUACCACCUGUCGGUGAGAUGGGACAAGAAGCGUUUGCCUCUGAAACAUCUGCGCUGGGAAAGUCGGCUCGAGGGAGGCAGAGCGUGACUGCGCAGCCACCAAGGAGAAGGAGAGUUAGCGCCAUCCUUGCCGACAGACUGGGAAACAGCACGGGCACUGGCGAGGAUGCAGACGGAGAGACAGAACGACAACGUCAGAGCAUGCUGAAGAAGGAGGCACGCAGGCGAACCAUCUACAUUCCAGAUGAUACCACAGUCAUGACUAUCCACCCGGGUGCGGCUCCUACCGCGCGACCGCCGAAGGAUGAUACCGUGCGUGGGCUGAGACGGGAGCAGAGUCCUGAUUACGGACUCGAUCUCGUCACGCUGUCGGAAGGCCCGGAAUCGCCGCAUCCUGUGCUUAAGAACAGUGAGAACGGAAUGUUGAAAAAACAUGCACGUAAAUCGCUUGCCGUUCCACCGAAGCGUGCACCACUUGGUGCGUCGAAGCGGCCAGUACAGACCGUCAGCUUUGCCGAAGAUAUGAUGGGAGCACCGACCGGAAAGGAGAACCUUGCGCCCGGUGGAAAGGCGAUCGUGAAGCCUCUAGAUGACAUGGCAAAGGCCCGCCUUUCUAUCGCGGGACUUAGAGAUGCCACUCCAGAGAGAGGCGUAAAUGCGAAGCUGAAAGCCAGCCUCGCCCAGGUUCUGAGUCCGGCGAAGAGAAAGGGCACAGACAGCAUUCUUGAUUUCAGCCCUAAGCCGACAAAAGUUAAGACCUCGAAAGCAGCGGAAAGAGCUGAAAGGGUGGUGGGACAAACGCUGAGGCAGUCCCACGCCGUCCGGUUUGCAUCGUCUGCUGCUGAGCCGGACUCGCCGGACUCGCCAGUCGCCCGUAGACCAAAGAUCAGGGGCCAAGAACGAUUGCGUCAGUCCGUGGCCUCGUGCAAGCAUGACACCUUGGCAGGCGUCGCGCCAGCAACGCAAUAUCAAGUACUGAGCGAGGAUCUAGCCCAUCCGUCACUGUAUGAGGAUCACUGGCUCACGCAUCAGGAGAUCUCGCUCACGCAGCUCCUCAAUGACAUUUUCACCCCUCAUGCUCUGUACAAGGAGGACGCGCCAGAUACGAAGUCGAUGCGCAAGGAUCUUUUGAACGUGUACCACGAUCCUUCUAUCCCGCUUCUUCACAAACGGUUGCAGGCAAGUCUUUUAUAUGGGGCGCUGAGCAUUCCCAAGGAUGUCCUCGCCAAAGCCGCGAGGUUGAGAGACGAUGUUGGAUUGAAAAGGAAGUUUCUCGACCUCUUUGUAGAAAGCUACGAGCUUGGAGCUCUAAAAGUAGCGUUGGAGGUUAUCGUUGGUCGUGAGGUUACCCAACCUCGCCUUUCCGGAAGCGGAAAGGUUGCAGUACAGCAUGUUCGCUCGGGGUCAACAUCAUCUGUCGAAACCACCAGAGAUCGCUCAUCUACGGGAUCAAUUGCAUCCGAUGGUGGAGAGAAAAAGAUGAAGGCACAGCGAAGAGCUCUUGAAAAGUUUAUGGACACAUUUCUGAUCAAACACGAGGAUGCGGUGCGACCGAAGGGAACCAUCGCUAGCAUUGCGAAAUCAGCGCAACACAAGACAGAUGACUUUGGCUCACCUGCUUGGUCCUGGAGACGCACAGUGCUAAAAAGUUUGAUGCUAAUCUUGCUUCUUGACAAGGCCAAGUCAUCCAAUGUUCUUCACGGUAGUCUUUUCCAGGCGUCAUCCAAACACAAAUCUUCGACGGCUGUUCUUACCGCACUAAGUGCUCUCCUCCUACCUUCAUUGGGAGACAUAAUACGACCGCUGAGCCAUUUAAACUAUACUGUAAAGACCGUGCAGUAUCCACUUGAGGAGUAUUCCUAUCACAUCAGCAACCUGGCCACAGACCUCCGCGAUGGCGUCAAGCUCACUCGGCUAGUCGAACUCAUGCUCUUCGACAAGCACAUCAUGGCUGCCUCAUCUGAAGCUAGCCACAACUUCCCAGACAACACGAUGACGCUUUCUUUACCUUCAGGUGACAUGCUGACAAGCCAAUGGAUUAAAGACCCCGCGGCCGAGUGGAUUUUGUCUCAGCAUCUCAAAUUCCCUUGCAUCGGUCGUCCGCAAAAAAUUUAUAACGUCCAGAUUGCACUCUCAGCGUUGAGUAGUCUCGGCGGAGCGGCAGCAAAAGCAGCUGAAGGUAUCUCAGCGGAUGAUAUUGUGGAUGGCCAUCGUGAACGUACUCUUAGCUUGUUGUGGGCUGUUGUAGGAUACUGUGGCUUAGGUAUCCUGGUUGACUGGAGAGAACUCAAGAGAGAAGUAAGGCACUUCCGAUACUUGGGGAUCAAAGCAAAGCUGGGCGAGAUCGCAGACGGCCUUGGCAUGGAGCACCCGAAGGAUGCUGGGGAGAUAUCAGAAUUUACGCCCAGUUUGGCACGCUGCACAAAGCUUCUACUAGCGUGGGCACAGAGUAUCGCGUCGCUCAAGGGACUUGAAGUCACCAAUCUGACAACGAGUUUUGCGGAUCCACGAGUCUUGAGCGCGGUUGUGGAUGCAUAUCUGCCGUACUUUCCUACGGCAAACGGGUGCUUUUCCUCUGCAUCUACAAACAGCUUAGCAGCGAAACUUAAGGCCAUCGGUUGCAGUGCUGCGUUUACAGAGCUGUACAGUGCAGCUUCGAGCAGCAUUCCUUCGAAAUCUUUCACUGUUUCUACACUCACCUUCCUGGCCUCUCGCUUGCUACCACUGUCGCGCACUCACCGAGCUGCGACUACCCUCCAGCGUGCAUUCAGACAAUAUCGUGCAAGAAGAGACAUUGCCCGUCGUGUGGCUCUAGCACGACUAGCACAUCAUUGCGCUGUUGUGGUGCAGACCAGGGAAAGAGUUGUCGGUGCAGCCAUUGUGCUGCAGAGGGCGUGGAGGAAAGUGUUGAGUAAUCGGAUCGAGAGAUUGCUAGGAGAUAUUAUUAAUGUUCAGGCAGUUGCUCGGGGCUGGAUUGCCAGGCAGAAAAUCAAAGGUGGUGGCAAGAUUAAGUCGAGGAGAGUGAUUGGAGGUUGGUGAUCUGCUGGGAGCUGAAUUUCGUCUCUUCUUGCUCUCUCUCCAAGGGACAUUGUGGCGUUGAGAAUGCUGUCCAUUUCUUCGUAGUUGUAAUGUGUUAAUGCAGAAACGGCCUUACUAUUCUUCACGCA